UGGAUGCGGUAUAUUUCUGGGCGCCAUUUUCAUAUUUGACAUUUCUGGAUUUGAAUUUCGAGGAUAUUUUGUACAUCUUUAUCCCCCAGAUUGUCCGUUUCUGCCCACUCACCAUGACGCUGAUAGAACAGGUGAAAGAGCUGCACGCGGAGGGACUAUACUCCAACCUUAAAAUCCUGGCCAGCAUGUUGUUGACCAUGAGUGACCACAGUACAGACAUGUUCCCUCCCAUGUGCAAGUACCAGCUGCAGGCGUACUUCGCUGACUCCCUGUAUGAGACCUUGGAGUACAAGAGGGCUGAGGCUAUGUACAGGAAGGCCCUGCAGCAGAGGAAGGCAGCCAGUAAGAACAACCGUGCCAAGACCAGCUCCUCCACCCCCCCACAGCAGUGGCAGCCGUCAGAGGUGGACCUCAAGUACAGGAUCUACCAGUGUCACAUGCACCUGAAGGAGAACAGGGAUGCCAUGUCUAUUUUGGAGAGUGUCCCAGCCAAGCAGCGCACAGCCAAGGUCAACAUGGCCUUAGGGAAGCUGUACCAGAAGGCCGGAAUGGAGCGGUCAGCAGUCUCCUGUUUUAAAGAGGUCCUCAGGCAGUGUCCACUCUCCCUGGAGGCCAUCCUCUGUCUGCUGGCCCUGGGGGUCAAGGUGGCCGAGGUGGCCGGGAUGACCAUGGCAGGCGUACAAGGUCUCCAGAACUCAGAAUGGUUGUCAUCUUGGAUCAAAGGCCAUGCUUAUAUCACCACUAAGGACUACAGCAGGGCCAUCAACACAUUCAACACACUGGAUAAAAAGACGCUGUUACGAGAUAACCUUGAAGUCCUAGGAGCCUUGGGCGAUAGCUUCUACAAGGCAAAUGACUACAAGAACGCUGUUGCCAAAUUUGAAAGGAUCCACAUGCUGGACCCGUACCUGCUGAAGGGUAUGGACCUGUAUGCCUCCCUACUGGCCAAGGAGAACAAGGCUGAUGAACUCCAACAGCUGGGAACAGCUCUGUUCCAGGUGUCAGACAGACAGCCUGAGCCGUGGAUCACCCUGGGGUACCACUGUGCCUGCGUCAAGAGACACACACGAGCCAUCUACUUCGCAGCAAAGGCAUACCAGCUUAAUCAGGAAAGUGUCCAGGCUCUUCUUCUCAAAGGUUCCACCUUGCAGCAGAUAGAGAAGACACAAGAGGCUAUCCUGCACUAUCGGGAGGUCAUGCGGAUGGUACCUGAUCGUCUGGAGUCGUACGAAGGGCUGGUGGAAUGCUAUCUAUCCAAUGGUAGGAACAGAGAGGCUGUGAGUGUAGCUCUAAAUGCCUGCAAGACUCUGGGAUACACACCGUCUACACUUACUUUAUAUGCCUCUGUUUUGAUGGAGGAUCCUGUCUCACAAGACAAGGCGAAAAGCACACUAGACAGGGCAUUGUCCAUCAAACCAGAUUAUCUGAAAGCUGUGACAAUGAAAGUGAAGAUACUGCAGAUCAAGCAAAAAUAUGAGGAGGCCAUAGAACUGCUGCGGAGUCAGCUGGUGAACCAGAGCCUGUGUGUCCUGCACCAGCUGUUAGGGGACUGUCUGUCUGCUGUCAGUGACUACCAGGAGGCACUGGAUCAGUACAGUAUAGCACUCAGCAUUGACCCGACUGACCAGAAGUCCCUGGAAGGUUUGCAGAGAAUAGAGAAGAAUGGGAACAACCUGGAGGCCAAUCAGGACGAGGAUGUGGAUGCUAUGGAGGAUGAGGAAGAGGCAGAGCUGUUGGGUAGUGAUGCAGAGGCCCAGUGGUCUGACCAAGAACAGAUUGCUGACAGAGUAAAGCGUCUACUUGUAAGGGAUGUGUUGAGAAGUCCAACUGUUUGAGGCGCAGCCAAUACUUAACUUGGUAUGGAGUGCAGUAGGUCAACCUCAACAUCCCUUGGGAAGACACCAGAGGAAGAGCUUACAGAACUUUGGAGUUUACUUUUUUUUUUAAACUGUAUAAAAUCAUGAUAAUAUCAACAGUUUACAAGUUAAACACAACUUUAAUAUGUGGAAUAGGUAUUACUCUCUUAAGCCAACUGGACUAUUUUACUCAAAAGUGACAAUAAUGAAAUCAACUUGUAAAAUAAAAUGAAAUGGAACAAUAAAUGUGUUAAGGAAUAAGGUAAGCAGAUGGUAGUAAAACCAUAGGACAGGCCAGAAAAUGUCCUCACCAGUUUUCUUUUUAAUGUUGACUAAUUAAUUACUUUGAACUAGGCUAUCUCAUAAAUUGCAUAAGUCCUUGAUAUAUCUGAUGUAUCAUGGCCUGCUAUAACUGCAAAAUGGAUUGAAACUAACUUGGAUGGAACCAAGGUUAUAUUUACAUGAUAAACUAGCUAUACAUAGCUUGAAAUGAUAAAUUUUUACUAUGAAUUAUUAAACGUACAGAUUAAGUAUAAACCUUGACUUUUUUGUGUUGUGUUUUGUGUUUCCUUGAAAAACAGGUUGGUUUCUUCUGUAAAUAAAGCUUCAUGUAACUCUAU